AUGGCGCUGCUGGUCAUGUCGCAGGCCAACGGCGAGUCCUCUACAGUCGGCUCGUUGUUCAACGGCUUGGCGUUCUUUGUGCUCCAGAAAGUGCCCUCGCGCACACACUAUGUCGACCUACUCAAAGCCAAUGGUGGACGUGUAGUCAAGACAGAGGGACAGGCCGACCAUGUGAUUGCGGAUCAGCUCAGGAAGGACGCACCGGCGGGCUCGAUAUCCUAUGAGUACAUAACAACGGCAAUACGAACUGGCGAGCUUCCAGACCCUGCCGACCACCCUGCCGGACCACCACUAGGCGCGCUGCGAGAAGUGGGUUCGAUAGCGAUUCCUGGCAAGACGACAAGAACGCCCUUCACGGCUGAGGACGACAAGGUACUGUGGCAGUGGGUGGAGCGAUUGCGACAAGAAGGAGGUUCGGUCAAGGGCAAUGAGAUCUACAAGCAGCUGGAAGUGCGGAACUCGAGGCAUACAUAUCAGGCAUGGCGAGAUCGGUACAUCAAAAAAUUGAUGAACACCCCGCCCGCUGGCGUACAAGUCACAGUCGCAGCCAACGCGCCGCCGAGUCCGCCGGCUGCGUCAGACGGCGAGGCAGACGUUGAGGACCACCGGGAGAAGAAGGAGCCAGUCAAUGAUGGGACAAUCGAGGCAGGCGCUACCCGCGACGUCAUGACGGACGAGAAUGGUGCCAAGUUCACGGCAGAAGACUUUGACAACCUCAUGCUAAAUGCUGGCGACAUUAUGAAGGUCGACGCAGACCGUGGCGAUGAGGCAUGGGCGGCUUGGGCCCUAACCUUCACAAGCCAUCCGGCAGAUACUUGGCGCGUAUAUUGGGAGGAGAACGUUCUACCGAUCUAUCUCGAGAGGCGAGAUGUACGCCGCAGAAAGCGCAACUUGAGCACCGAGGAACGUGCAUCGCCCAGUAAGCGUACGCGAAGUAGUACGACGUCCAAGUCUGCUCAGAUUGACGAUGGCGACUCUACGGAAAUUAUCGGGCCGCACUCUAUGAUGAGCAACCUGUUGAUUGAGCAAAGCACACCGAAGGCCUUGAGUUCGAGUAGAACCUUCGAGAUACUGAGCGAUGUUGUAGACUUAGAAGCUCGUGCCGCUGUCGAGCCGCCUUUUGAGGCUUCAGAGACCAAUCGGGCAGCAGAAGAACAGCUGCGAAAGGAUAUGUCGCUUCCGCAUCCUAUAGAUGACGAGGCGAUCGCUAUCGACCAACAAGCGCGCCCAGUCCCAGAGUCAGACGGAGACGGAAACAUAGCCAAGGAUGAGGCAGACACCACAAUCUCUCAUUAUCUCAUAGAGGAUGGCGAGGUAGAAGAUGGAUUGCCCGGCGAAGACGUUCUCGACGAUGAGUUCUUUGGCAACGCGCUCACGGAAGCUAAUCUCGCAACGCAAGAAGGGCAGAGUCGGCCUCAACAACCCGUUCGAGGCAUCGACAUACCCGCAGAUGAUCCCAGCAAGGACCAGGGUUCGUACGCAGAUUAUUUGCGAAACCUGAUUGGCAGUGUACCGGGCCAAGGGGCUGCCUUUGAUGUUCAGGCCCAAGCGCCGAGAAUGCAGUUUCCACUACUGUCGGAUGCUGCGCUUGACGACACAAUGUACACCCACAAUGACGGUAACUUAUUCUCCGACUUGCCAAUGUCAUCUCAGCAGGAGGUAGAUGAUGCAUUUGAAGUCAAUCUGGACUGGCCUUCGUCACCGCAGCAGGUGCAGAAGACGCCUAUGGCGAGCCAGACCCAAGACCGGCCUCUUCAGACUGGUGUCCACUACCGUGAGCUUCCGAACGGACGGGAGGAUGAAGCGGACGACGACAUGUUCUCAGCUCAGCCACCAGAGCUUCAAGUUGAGUAUCCUCCUUUGCCUGUGACUACGACUGUAGACGAGCGACAAAUGCAGGAGGAAGCGUUUGGUGUCCAGCGAGUACCAGCGAAUGCUACAAUGGUUGUAGAAGGUCUAGAGGUCAGCAAUGACGUGGUUAUUUUUGAUGAUGGUGAGGAGAACGACGAAUAUUUCGAUUUGACCCUACCAGAGCCUGAGGGUGGCUUUGGGUUCUCGCCGUCACCAAUUCGAGCAUCGGCUGGUCAAGAGGGAGAGCAAAGUGCUAUGCACGUACAGUCUGAGCAUGACAACGUGGAGCUGGCGAAGCCGCACCCGGACCAACGAGAGACAGUGUCGUCUGCUGAAGAUCCAAGUUCGUCCUUCGAGGACAGCUCACCAGAAUCUUCUUCCCAACCUCACAGUAACAAGACUGGCAAGCGGGCGCUCGAGACCCAGGACAUUCUCAAUGCGGAAACUCAACAGCCAGAUUUGGAGGUGCCUUUGCCACCGGAUUCAGAUGACGACGAGGACGAAGCCGAUGCGGGCAAUUAUAGGCUAUCAUCUAAGCCGCUGAGGUCGACUGCACCUGCCCCCGUGCGGACUCAGCAGGCACGUGAUUAUCGCCAGAUGCAACCAAGCACAAGAGCUCCGACACAUCCAUAUCUUGUCUCCCGAUCCACUGCGAAUCGCAAAGCACUGAAACAACAAGCCCCACCACAAGCUCUCGAGUCACAAGCCUUCACCGAACCGCUCCACCUAGAUACAUACAUCCAAACAGCCUGCCUGCACUACAAAGUCGACGAAGCUACCGUCAUCACAGCGCUGAAAGCAACUAAUAUGCGACCUGAUCCUGCAGAGCUAGUGAUGCUUGAGCUCAAAGCCGGACGAGGACUACCAAAAGACGUGCCGGGCGUUUGGUCCGAGGCAGAGGAUGUCGUGAUUGAGGGUGGGGAUGCAAGGAGGAUGAACGUGGUGGCUGCGAAGCAUAGUUGGGAAGAGGUGCAGGCGAGGUUGGAGUUCUUGAACGAGUGGAGGGUGGGAUGA